UAGCAAUAAUCAUUGACGGUAUGUAUUCCGUUAUAAAUGUACUAGUAAUAAUUAUUCAUUAAUAUAAAUGUAAAGAUUUUUAAGGAAUAAUAUUAUAUGCAUUAUGAAAUUUAUGCUUCUAAUAAAAUAAUCAUAUGUAUGUAAUUACGAUAACAUUAAAAAUAUAUUUUAAUGGCCGAUGAAAUUAAAGAGUUAAGCAACAAAAUAAAAAUAUUAAAAGAUAAUUUGAUAAAAUUAAGCUACGCAAAGAGGACAGAAAAUGUGUUAAAUCAAAAACUUAUUGAGGCUAAACGAUUACGUCAUCGGUUUGACGAAUGUAUGAUAUUAGUUUUGGAAAAAAUUGAAAACAAGCAAAUAGAAAGCAAAGUAUUAAAAGACUUACAGUCAUAUUGUGAUUUUAUAAAAAACACAUAUGAUCAAAUAGAGACCUGUUGUUCAAAAACGUAUAUUUCUGAGUGUACAGGCGUACUGGAAAGUAAAACCACAAUGACAACGUUUGAUUUUAAGACUGCAGUAUCACUGAUGCCAGUGAUGACUGGUGAUGAAGCUGUUACCAAGAGCCUCAUCGAUGCCAUCACAUUGUAUAACUCUACGCUCAAUGAAGAAGGUAAGAAUAUGUUAAUACAAUUCGUUUUAAAAACUCGUUUAAAUGAAAGUGCCAAAUUACGAUUGUCGAUAUCAUACGAUAGUUGCGAAUUGCUCGUUCAGGACAUGCGAGACCAUCUCUUAACAAAAAAAUCAAGCACUUCUUUGCAUAACGAAUUAGUAAAAGUACGACAAAACGGCAUAUCUUUAGAUAAUUUUGGUCAAAAAAUGGAGGAAUUAUUUGUAAACUUGACAAUAUCGCAAGCUGACGGUAACCAAGAUGCAUACAAAAUAUUAAGACCUUUAAACGAGAAGCUCGCAAUUAAAAGCUUUACCGAUGGUUUACGAAAUCGUCAAUUGAGCACAAUAUUAUCAGCGCGAAAUUAUUCAUCAUUAAAAGAUACUAUAAGGGCGGCGAAGGACGAAGAAGCAUCCUGCAGUCGCCAAGAGCUAGAGCCUGCGGUAUAUUUCGGAUACCGAGGCCGAAGAAAUAAUUAUGAACGUUACCAAAAUAAUACUAGGGGUAGCUUUAAUAGGCGGAUGAAUAAUUCAAAUAUACAAUUUUCACAAAGGAACAAUCGAGGAUAUGUUUCACAAAACCAAACUAGGAAUCGAACUCAAAAUAAACCACAUGAGAAUAACAACUAUAGGCAGUAUAGAUACCGUGGGGGGAAAAGUCGUUCAUUUUAUCGUAGUGGUAAUGUACACUAUAUGGACACCAAUAUUAAUUCAAAUACCUUGGAAGAGGCUCAAACUUCAAUGUUAAAUUCGGACACUAAGUCAGACAUAAAAAAUCAAGACUCCUUUCAGUUUUUUCGAUAAUAAUUAUAUAUUAGCAUGUGACUACGGUAGCUC